CCCGGACGGGGCUGGCUCGCCGCUGACAGCGGAAGAGAACAGCAAACACACGCCAGACUACUAGCUACCGUAGCAUCUUUUUUCUGCUCCGAAAUCAUUUAUCUUGCUUCCCAUCCCAUGCCUGCUUCGGGAAUGGCUGCCGCGCUCUGGCAGCAGAAUCCCUUCGAGCGCCGUGUUUGUUGGUUUCUUUCCCCUUUGGGACCGUCGGAAUGCCUCGCAGAGCCGAAGUCAUGGACCAUUUCAAUGCUACGGUCAAGGACGGGAAACUGGUCAGGACUCGACGCGGCUUGCAGGUGUCGAAGCAGAAGUUCAACGGGCUCUCCUUCGUCAACGCGUCUCCACAGGAUACGUCUUCCGGCCCAGGCCCCUCGACGGCGACAGAAACGUCAAGAACGCCUCAGCCCGAGAUUAGAUUCGUGGAGGAGGAAGGCCGACCGCGAAACGAAGGACCAGAAGGCAACAGAAAGGAUGCCGAACAUCCAGAGCUCUCGGACGCAUCGUCGCAGGAGACGAGGCGACGACGGAGGGCCGCCCGACGGCGGAGGUCACCCGCGCCAUCCAGAGCGGGAACACCAUCGCAACCAUCUCCAGCGCUGGGUGAAGGACAAGCGUUCCAGUUCGAGCACCACUCGUACGCGCAUCAGGAGGACAUGCUGCAGAUCGACCCGUGUCUCGACCACCCUUCUCUCUGCGCACCAGAACCGCAGGCUCCGUUCGGCCGCGAGGACUGGACCAAGUUCGAGCGCUUCUUCCGGUCGACACCGCGCAGCCUCUACCCGUACGAGGACCUCCUGACGCACAAUCCAGCCAGGGACAGCGACUUCUACGCGGUGGUAGCCAGCGACGAAGCUGCGCGGCACUGCGUCAUCAUGGCCGGGGGCAUCGCCGACGCCAUCAUCAACUCCGACCCGCGCCCGGACUGCCUUGCCUACCACAUAUGCAAGAUAUGCGCUAUCCUCAACAAGAAGCUGGGCCAGAACCGGUCCGCCGACCCCGUGACGCUGCACUGCAUCGCCACGCUGGCGUGGAUGGGGGUACGUUGGCCCUUGCCCCUGACCCCUGACUACUGACACUUCUUCCACCACCCUUGGGGCG